AUGGCCAAACCCCAUCCCCAUGGCAGCGUGGCCCAUGGCCCAGAGCUCAGAGCUGUGGUGUUUGGGGGGAAGUUUGCUGGGAAGACCACACUGAUCAAUGCCGUGUUUGGAGAAGGCUUCCUGCCGAAUCAGAAGAGGACUGCCCAGUGCAAGAAGCUACGGGGAAAUGUGUGUGGAAGAGAGCUGAUGCUGGUUGACACUCCAGGCUGGUGGAAGCAUUUUCCACUGAGCGACACUGCAAACUUUCUGAAAAAGGAGCUCAUUCAAGGAGUCUCUUUGUGCCAUCCAGGACCCCAUGUGAUCCUGUUGGUCAUUGAGAUUGACAUUCCAUUCACAGAGAAGCACAGAAAAGCUGCAGUGGAUCACCUUGCACUCCUUGGUGACCAGAUCUGGACACACACUCUUGUGCUGUUCACUAGAAGCCGCUCUCUGGGGAACAGAACUAUAGAAGAGCACAUUGAAAAAGAGGGGGAAGCUCUAAAGUGGCUGAUAGAGAAAUGUGGGAACAGAUAUCAUGUCUUUGACAGUACAGUCUCAGAUAAAACAUCUCAGGUGACGGAGCUGCUGGAAAAGAUUGAGGAUAUAGUGAGAAUAAAUGAUGGUGCUCAUUUCCAAAUUGAGGCAAAGAUACUGGAGGAGGCUGCAGAGUGGAAGAGGACUGUGAUGACCAGAGCAAAGUCCAGAGAGUUAAAACAACGAGAACGACUUGACAAAGAGGAGCUGAGAAUCGCAUUGCUGGGUUGGGUGAUUGCUGGGAAGAGUUCAGCAGGAAAUACCAUCCUUGACAAAAAAGUGUUUGUUACUGAUCAAAGUACUCUUGAAUGUCAAAGUGGAUGUGGGGAAGUGGAUGGAAGACCAGUAACUGUGCUCGAUACACCCAGCUGGUUUAAGUACUUUCCUGCUCAGUACACUCCAGCAUGGAUAAAGUCUGGAAUUUUCAAUGGUGUAUUUCAGACUGUCACCCCCCCACAUUGCAUACUUCUAGUGAUUCCUGCAGACACAUCAUUCCACGAGGAACAGAGAAAGGUCAUUGAAGAGAAUAUGAGCUUACUCGGAGAGCAGGUGUGGCGACACACCAUUGUACUUUUCACAUGGGGUGACAUACUUGGAGACGUGACCAUAGAGCAGCACAUUGAGAGUGAAGGUGAAGCUCUGCAGUGGGUGGUCGAGAAAUGUGACAACAGAUAUCACAUCUUCAACAAUGAGGACAGAAGGAAUCGUGUUCAGGUUACAGAACUGCUCCAGAAGAUUGAUCAGCUGAUGGCUCAAAACAGUUCAUUCCAGCUGAAUGCUGAGAUGUUUGGUGGAAUUCAUGCAAAGCAAGAAGAAGAUGCACAAACAGAGACCACUGAUGAGUAUAACCUACAGGAUAUUGUCCGAUUUGUGGAUGAGGAAUGGAGAAGAAGGGACAAAGAGUUUCUGAAAAGGGUUUCAAAGGUGAAGAAAGACAUAAAGGCUGUACAAAGGGGAGAUGCAAGUUUAGAAUUCCCUCCUGACCUGAGUGAGACGAGAUUAAACACUGAGACAGAGGAUCACACUGAUGAGAAAGUGUCUCAAACAGAGCCGGAGUCUCGCAAUGUAGGAACAGUUCAGGAUGAGGCUAAAAGCACCCUGAAACUCAAGGAUCAGAUUAAAGAGAUGCUUGAUCGGGAGUGGAGCAGACGAGAAGAGGCACUGAUGGGAAGAUUUCAGGAAAUGUUGAGCGAUCAGGGAUGGGAGACCCAGUCUGAGCCAACUGACGAUGACAAAGAAAGAUCCAAAAUCAAAGUCUCCCACUGGUUCCGGGACUGCUCUGAAGGAUAUGGGUCGGCUCAAGGCAGUGUUCAGUCAGAAUGACAUCAUCAUAAGAGUUUUCUGUGACCUUUUCUGACCAGAUAAAUCAAUACUACAAUAAUGAAACGUGUAAUCAGUUCUGCUGUACUUUGUGUUUCUGUAAUUUAAAGGGGAAUUUCAGUUUUCUGAAUGAUUUAGACUUUGAGUCAUUCAGAGUGGUUUGAUGUGAAGUGAUUAAUUGUAGAGAAACAUACAGACUCAGGUUUCUUUACAGUGGUGUCAGAUUUCUUUACUGGGGUCAUCAUGACUACAACACAAAUAUAACCAUUUUAUUUACUAUCCAAAACCACCAGUGAACCUGAUCUUCUGAGUUUUAUAUGGAAUGUUUAUGGUAAAAUAAACAUUAUUCUGAAAAAUACAGGACACAAGGUGACCCAGGGGUUAACACAGGGGUGGAGUUAAUCACUCUACCAGGUGAUUGGUGGCCUCUGAUUUGUACAGACAGUCUACGUGAAUGAGAUAAUACAUAAUACAUCAUUUUUAAACUGCGUCACUUUUUCAGCCUCCAUAUUUGACUUAUGGCAUAUGCUGAUAGCGUCUCUGUUUGUCCAGAUCUGGAGCUGCCCAGGGGUGAGUUUAGGGUCUGAAUAUUGGGGCUACUGCUGCAGGAUUGCUUUCUACUGCCAAAAAGUGUUUAAUAUGAAUUAUGGGCUUAAUAACUGUCAUGUAUGUAUAGAUAAUUAUAGAU